ACGGGCAGCGCUAGCCCCGGAGCCCCCGCGGCCUGUGCGCCGGGAGCCGGCAUGGACCCCGAGCGCUGCGCGCCUUUCGGCGUGGGGCCCGGGCCCGGCCCCUACGCGGCCGCGGGGGACGAGCCACCCGGCCCGCAGGGGACCCCCGCCGGCGCGCCUCACCUGCACCCCGCGCUAUCCCGCGGCCCCCGCCUGACCCGUUUUCCAGCCUGCGGGCCCCUGGAGCCCUAUCUCCCCGAGCCGGCCAAGCCGCCCGCCAAGUACCUGCAGGACCUCGGGCCCGGCCCGGCGCUCAACGGCAGCCACUUCUACGAGGGCCCAGCGGAAGCUGAGGAGAAGGCCUCCAAAGCUGCCAGCUUCCCCCAGCUGCCCUUGGACUGCCGAGGGGGCCCCAGAGACGGGCCCUCUAGCUUGCAAGGCUCCCCGGGCCCUUGUCUGGCCAGCCUGCAUGUCCCUCUGUCCCCGGGACUCCCGGACUCCAUGGAGCUGGCCAAGAAUAAGAGCAAGAAGCGCCGGAACCGCACGACCUUCAGCACGUUCCAGCUGGAAGAGCUGGAGAAAGUCUUCCAGAAAACCCACUACCCAGAUGUGUACGCCCGGGAGCAGCUGGCUCUGCGAACGGAUCUAACUGAGGCCCGGGUACAGGUGUGGUUCCAGAACCGCAGAGCAAAGUGGCGGAAGCGUGAGCGAUACGGGAAGAUCCAGGAGGGGCGGAACCCUUUCACAUCUGCCUACGACAUCUCUGUGCUGCCCCGAACUGACAGCCACCCGCAGCUGCAGAACUCCCUGUGGCCCACUCCAGGUUCUGGGAGCCCCCCCGGACCCUGCCUCGUGUCUCCAGAGGGCAUGCCCUCGCCGUGCAUGUCUCCGUAUUCCCACUCUCACGGGAAUGUGGCUGGCUUCAUGGGGGUGCCAGCUUCCCCUGGAGCCCACCCUGGCAUAUACUCCAUCCAUGGCUUCUCCCCGGCCCUGGGGGGUCAUGGCUUUGAGCCUCCCCCAGAUGGCGACUAUAAGUCUCCAAGCCUCAUCUCGCUCAGGGUGAAGUCCAAGGAGCCACCCACCCUACUGAACUGGACCACGUGAUUGGUUGUGUAGACAUGCAGACUAAGCUGCCCACCCCGCUUUUCUGUUCCCAGCUGCUCCCACCCCAUUCCAGCCUGGGGGCCAGAGAGGACAUACCUCUGUCUCCAAGCCCCAGAGAUGGUUCCCGGAGGCCCCAGGAGAGCAGCUGGGAUACUCAGCCUCCUGCAGGGGACAAGCUAGAGUUUUUUUUUUUUUUUCUCUUAAAAUAAGGUGGGGCUGCCCAGGACAAAGGGGGCUGCAAAGCAGGUAGGACUCUUCCUACUACACACUGGGUCCCUUCAUCCAACUCUGGGCUCGAGGAAGACACUGGCCCUGCUUCCUUCAGACUUUGUCUGAGUUUAAGUGUCACCCCACCAGCUGAAAUGGCUGAAUUGGUUCCUCAUUCAGGGAACCCAGGAGAAUAAGAGGAUGGCAAAGGUUGAAGCUGGAAAAGCUCUCUGUGACUUGGGGGAAACAUGGCUGGCAUGAGCAUCUGGGGCCAGCCUUAUUUCCCCCACCCACCACUAGGGGGCGAGCGCUCAGCAUCUGGAGCUCACAAGGGUGCAUAGGCUGUCCCUGGAAAUGGUGCCAGGCACUCCUGAUCCAGCCUACCCCUUAACUCCUGCCCUGUGCUCCCUCUCCCAACACGCCUCUCCUCCUGCAAGGGAGCAGAAAGUCCCCCAGACACCACUAAAUAUUUGGAUUCUCUUCAAUGGGUUAAGGCCAGAGCUAUGCCAUGGAAACUGUAGGCUCCCUUGGUUUGUUACAUGUUGGUAAGAAUAAAAGAGAUUUCCACAGAGUCUAAGCCCCUGAGAUCUCAACACCCCCUUUUGUAAAAAAAAAAUAAAUAAAUAAA